AUGAAGGGUUUCUUCCGCUCUCUGGGGAGCCGGCGCUCAAGCUCCGAUAGCAGCCCGGACCACAGCGAAGACUCCCCAGAAUCCGUCCUGUUGCAGGAAAUGAAAACCUUUUGCGAAGGGACCAAUUCUCCACAGACGCAGCAAGGAAAUGAAUUCGUUCAUCUGCCUCGCAUCGUUGAAACGGCCGAGUCCAGCCCCGCGGCGGCCAAGGAGGCGGCGCAUCGGAUCAAAAAAUACCUCUCCUCUCCGAGCAACACCCCGAAUCAUGUCCAGUACAAUGCGAUCAUGGUCAUGCGCAUUCUGGUUGACAACCCAGGCCACAGCUUCACGCGCAACUUUGACUCCAAGUUUGUCACCGUCAUCAAGGAGCUAUUGCGCAACGGGCGUGACUGGCAUGUCCAGCACUACUUGCGCCAGUACCUGAACACCCUCGAGGCGAAUCGGGCAGGGGAUGAGGAUUUGCAGCUUUUGCUGCAGAUGUGGGCCAAGGAGAAGACCAAGGGUAAUCAAUCCUUCAUUGAUCGAUAUCCGACAGCAAGCGCACAGCAGGGAAAUCCCAUGGCGGCACACCCAUACCCGAGCCGUCCUCCUCUCCCGCCCAAGACCCUGCCGGAGCCUGGUGAACUGGCGGCGCGCAUUGAGGAGGCCAAAAACUCGGCGAAGCUGCUUACCCAGUUUGUUCAGACCACGCCGCAGGCGGAGUUGGAGGGCAAUGAGCUCGUCAAGGAGUUCGUUGACCGAUGCCGGACCUCGUCUCGACUACUCCAAACGUAUAUCCAUUCGACCAACCCGACUCCCGACGAGGAUACCCUCCUCACCCUGAUCGAAACCAACGAUGAAAUUUCCGUGGCCAUUUCCCAGCAGCAGCGCGCCAUGUUGAAGGCCCGCAAGGCGCGUGGCGCUUCAUCUCCGGCCUCCCAAAAUGUGAAUAGCCCGACUUCGUCGAACAGUGAGGCUGUGGCCUCCGGUGCUGCCCAUGUUGCACCGGCACCGGCACCGGCGGUGACUGCCGUGUCUGCGAACAUUAUUUCGCCCGUGGAUCUGUCCAUGCCGAAUCUCCAAACCCCAGAGCAUCAAUCUGACUCGGCGGGUGAACGCACCAGCACUGUGAUGUCAGGCGGGCGGCCCAACGCAGCGCGCCCCAAUACCGAUACGUUUGAGUAUAACUCGGCCGAUUAUGAGGUGCAAAAUCCGUUUGCCGACGACUUUGCCACGCAUGACUCCGAACAUGAGCGGACCAGUCACCCAGCGACCACAGUUCCCGGUUCGCGCAUGCGCCUCGAGCCCACAGAGCAGGAGCGUUAA